GCGUGCAUCAAUAAGCCAAUAGCGGUGCGUGAACUACAAGACCAACCGGAAGGCAAAGAGGGUUGCGGGACUGAUGCUCUGCGCCUUCAUCCAGCUGCAGCGUCCCAAAGCGCAGGGCAUUAGCGAUGGCGGAGAUGCAGUUACACCGCUUCACGACACCGGUCUGCGUCGGUUUAUCCAUCGGAACAAUUCUAACGCCGUGUACGCACGAGCGCGACCGUUAAUAUUCAAAUCUGGGAACAGAUAGCACGCUAAUAACGGUUUCUCACUAACCUCUGCGUUAUUCUGAGGACGGGUUAAACGUGUGGAGGUUUUGUCCCAAUUUAGGAUUUUCCUCGUGUUCUUGAAUUUGGAAAAACAAAAAAAACGACUCUUUUUUUGGAAUUCUUUACGUACGAGGAAAAUCCGAUAGCAUUUUAGCUUCCAGGGGAUUUUGGUAGUAAAGAAGCGCUCGUGCUCGUAGCGCUCGUGCUCCUCUUCAGCCUUGUAGUAACGCUAUAUACUGUAACCUUCAGGUUCUCGUCAAUGACAGAUAAUACAGCUAGCUCGGUGUGUUAGGCGAUAUUUACAACUGUUAUUGAUUGAAUUAGUCUCAUUUAACGGAGGGAUGAGAGAGGAAAUAAAGAAGGAAAGGACGAAUUACAGGUACUUCUUAACAUCCGGUGGGACGCGUUUGACUCUCAUCAGUAGCUUCAGGUGUCGAGGUUUUGACAGUCGGUCGUUUUAGUACAGAGCCACUUAUUCAUUUAUUUAUCCAUUAAGCCAGGUUUUUAAUCUUUUGGUUAGUAAAUAAAAUCAUAAACAUGGCCUCUGGAGCUGCCAGCAUCGCCGCCGCCAUCGCCAGUAAAACCAAAACGAAGAAAAAACACUUCAUGCCGCAGAAGAAGAAGCUUUUCCGCUCCAGCGACCCUCUUCUCAGCGUGCUUAUGUGGGGAGUCAACCACUCGAUAAAUAACCUCAGUCACAUUCAGAUCCCUGUAAUGCUGAUGCCUGAUGAUUUCAAAGCCAACUCCAAAAUCAAAGUGGACAAUCACCUCUUCAACAAAGAGAAUAUGCCAAGCCAUUUCAAGUUUAAAGAGUACUGUCCGCUUGUCUUCCGAAAUCUGAGGGAAAGGUUUGCCAUCGAUGAUCAGGAGUAUCAGAACUCUCUGAUUCGAAGCGCGCCGAUCCCGAGCGACGCCCAGGGUCGUAGCGGUGCACGGUUUCACACCUCUUACAACAAGAAGUACGUCAUCAAGAUUAUCACCAGUGAAGAUGUGGCUGAGAUGCACAACAUCCUGAAGAAAUAUCAUCAGUAUAUAGUGGAGUGUCAUGGCAACACACUCCUGCCGCAGUUCUUGGGCAUGUAUCGCCUCACGGUGGAUGGAGACGAGACAUACAUGAUCGUCACACGUAAUGUGUUCAGUCCCCGUCUACCUGUGCACAAAAAAUAUGACCUGAAAGGGUCCACAGUGUCCCGGGAGGCUAGCGACAAAGAAAAGCUACGCCCACCUGAAGAUGGAGCUCCAGCCAAAUCUCGCAUGAGCCAAAAGCUCCAAACUAUUCGGAUCGCCACACGCUUUUACUGCGCCAUCAGACACACUAAGGAGCUCCCAACAUACAAAGACAAUGACUUCAUCAACGAUGGACAGAAGAUCUGUAUAGAUGAGGAGAACAAGAAGAUGUUCCUGGAGAAGCUAAAGAACGAUGUGGAGUUUCUAGCCCAGCUGAAGCUAAUGGACUACAGCCUGCUUGUUGGACUCCAUGAUGUGGAGCGUGGAGAGCAGGAACAGCCAGAGGAGGAGAUAGAGGAGAAUGAAGGAGGAGAGGAGGAGGGAGCCGAGAGCGACGGAGGAGUGACCGGGUCUCCACCUGAGAGUCCCAGCAACACCCUUGACAGCAACAAGCCACUGGGGCCUGGAGAGUUCGAUCCCAGCGUGGACGUCUAUGCCAUACGCAGUCACGAGAAUGCCCCCAAAAAAGAGGUGUACUUCAUGGCAGUAAUCGACAUCCUCACGCCAUACGACGCUAAGAAGAAAGCAGCACAUGCAGCCAAGACAGUGAAGCAUGGGGCUGGAGCCGAAAUCUCGACGGUUAAUCCGGAGCAAUAUUCCAAAAGGUUGUACGACUUUGUCACCACCAUUCUGUCCUAACCGUUGCCUGAGAUCAGCAUCAGGAGUUUAGGCCUCCAGCCUAACGUGAGGCUUUUAACUCGAUCCUUGGACAUUAACUAGAGCUGUCUGUUUACAGUUGUUUUUCUCUUCCUUUUUUUUUAAAUUUAAUUGAUACAUUGAUUAAUAAAUAUGUUUAUGGCUGUGGAUGGACAAACAUAUAGCUGUGCAUUAUACUGUGCUGUACAUCUGUAUUAGAUAUCGUUGACUGGGAUGUUGAGUGAUGUUUUUGUGUGUAUAUGUGGAAACCUCAAAGCUGCUUUUUACUUCUUAAUUCUGUCUUUGUUUACUGCAGAAAGACAUUAGACACAGCCACCUUUCUGAGCCUGGGGAAGGCAUUGUUUAAGACCAAGGCUGCUUUUACACUUUAGCCACCCUGUAACCAUAACAACGCUCCUAGUUUGUAUCCUCUGGCUUGCUCGCUAGAUUAGAUUUAUUAUUCUUUGUUGACGAGGUCAUUCGACUUCAAGAUAUUUUGAGCUGUGACACAUAAUGUACUGGUGAACAUCCGAAAAAUAGACACAGUUACUUUUAUUUGGCAAAGAAGCAUUUGCUAGUCAGCAUGUCGUAAAUCUCUUUAUAUAUUCGCUCCGUGAUCACGUCCUAUAGGCUUACAUGCGAAAUGUUGCACUGGUAAUUUUACAAGUGUGAAAGCAGCCUGAAGAAGUUUUUUCAGUCAGGGAUCUCACGCUGACAGCACAAAUCAUUACCUAUCAUUGCAAAUACUGCUUUUUGGUAUCUAGAGAUCGGUAUAACAAAUAAUUCUAAAUACAUUGUGGAUUGUUUUUAAUCUCCAAAGCACUUGUGCCCUUUAGAUAAAGAAAUAAUGAGAUUUUGUAAAGAAGCUGAGUAGAAAACCUAUAAAAGUCAUUUGCACAUGAUCUACAGCAGGAGUUCUCGUAAAUUUGAAACCUCUUCAUUAGUUAGAUCAGGAAGAGGAGAGCGUUCACGGCUGGAUUCGAGACACGCUGAUCUACUGCACCAAAAUAUUUAUGCAAAUCAUGCCACUUUUACCACUGACUCGAGAGUUAUGCAAUAGUAGUGAGACUGGUGAGAUCUUAGAGGGAAACUCCACCCUGAAGCACAUCCUAAAUAUGUAUAGAAUGGUUUAUUUGUCAGGUGUUUCGAGAUCCUGGUGCUAUUUGGUUAGCUGAUGCCUUCUGAGAUCUCGUUAGCUCAAAUACAAAGUUGCCAAAACAAAUACUUUAUUCUUUCAGUGUCAUAUUAAUGUGGAGUCCAACAUACAGGAGAGAUAGCAAAGACUUACAGUGAAAAAAAAAAUUCAAAAAUGCAUUAGAGAAACCCAGCUCAGCUAAUUAACGAGCUGCGAGAUGACAAGGCGACGGCAUGGACGGCAAUUCUGACAUGAAAGCUUAUUUUAGAAACUGACCUGUUUGAUGAGGAGGUGAGAGAUCUGGACAGACUAAAGGAUUAAAGUGUCACCACAUUGCUCUCUGUAGAAAGAGGGCUAAGUCCCACUGGACAUUGUGGGUAGUAUAGGAAACUAUUCAACGACACCAACAUAGAACAAUGUGUCGAUGGAAGAAAUGUACACUUUAAUUUAUACACAUUAAUAUGCAAAAUAUUCAGGGUGGAUUUUUCUGUUAAACUCUGUUUCACUGAAUUAGAUCGUAGAAGGGAUUAUUAUUAUUAUUAUUAUUAUAUUUGCACAUUAGCAUUUUGUAUUGUUUUGUGUUGCUAAUUGACUAUUUAUUUAUGUUUGUUUUGUUUUGUUUUGUUUUGCAACAAUGCAUUUGUGCAGGCUUAAAAUUGAACACGGACCGUAGUUUCAGUAGGAAUGUUGUUAUAAUUGUUGUUUAGACAUUUUUAUGCUUAACUUUUAAUCUGAACUGAAAAAAAGAAAGAAUAAUAAUAAUAAUAAUAAUAAUAAUAAUAAUAAUAAUAAUGUUUCUUACAGCUUUCUGUCUUGCCCUCUGCGUUUGUCCCCUCAAAAGCCUGUAACUCAGUUAAACCUUAGUAUUAUAUAAAAACGUAGAUCUCGCUGUGUUUUCUUUCUUCCAGAAUAUCGUUCUGACACUGAUCAUAUCGUUCUGACACCGAAUAUCGUUCAAGACCAUCUGCCCAUAUAUCUCAUCAAUUUACACUGUGCAAGAGUGUGCCUUUUUUAUCUCGGGAUCUUUUCAUUUUGUAUUUCAAUCUUUGGUUGUUUGUUUGUUUGUUUUUAAACAAACGUUUGCAACGUUUUACAACGGGACAAUUAAUUAGGGCGAAUCCUGAGGCGCUUUUGCUCUUCCUGUGACGUGUAAAUAUAUUAGUAUAAUAGAUCUAAUGACCGACGGUCGUCGCGGACGACUUCAGAGUUAAUCCAGCAGUUGUGUCUCAGUGUUUGAUAUUAAAGUGCGAUGUUUCUUGUGCAGCUUUUGAAAGAGAUUUUUUGAAGGUAUUCAAUGUACAGUGCUGGUCUUUUUCCGUGUAUAUUAGUCAGUGGAUCUGAUUUCUUUGCCACAGAACAAAAGACUAUAAGCCAUGCUGUACGAUUUUUAAGGCAGAACUUUUUAACCCUGAAAGUUACAGACCUCCGUGUGGACUUUGAACCGCUGCCUGAUGUCUGUUUAUAACAUUCAAACCCCACUCACUCUACUGUACAAAGAUAUAUUUUAACACCCCCCCCCCCCCCCUGUGUUUUCCGAUGCAAAAAAACCUCUCCUGAAAAUGAUCAGUUACACUUUGUCUCAGUCUCUGAUCGUAAUAUGUGUCAAAGGAAAGAUAUAUGGAAAUGCUUCCAGUGUGAAUGAAGAAAGGAUAAAAGGACAAAACCCUUUAAGAGAACGCUGUGAAAGACACACGGUAUGACACGACCAGCCGUCUGCCUGCUUGUCAUCGCUGUUGUUAAUCCUGUCAUGACUGUGUGCAGUUUUUUUUUUCCAUGUAUGUGUACAGUGUUUUGAGACACUUGAACAUCAGCAUCGCUUAAUAAAAUGAUGCUUUACUCGA